UACAAUAUGUUUAUUAUUUUUAUUCUCCUAUUAUAUACGAAUACAGUAAAAGGACAUAGUGAAUCUAUUAAGAACGAAGAGGAGUGUAAAAUAGCAGAUCUGUGUGUACACGACAAGGUUCCGAUGUGCGGCAUUGACUCGUGCGGCGAAAUGAGAACAUUUAUCGACACAUGUGACAUGCAUGAAUUUAAUUGUGACAGUAAGAAAGAUUUCAAGCAACGUCCUAUCCACGAAUGUUGGGUAACCUGCAAAAGAGGUCGCUCCUUCAAGAAACCAGAGUACCGAACUGAUUGCAACCUAAAUGCUAAAGCUAAUAGACUUUAA